AUGACUUCCCUUGUCAGAGACCUGAACAUUGUGGUAUGCGGCGUCGGAGCGGAAGUGGCCGGCGGCGCGAUCCACGUCACGUCGACUUCAGGCGCGUCGGCACGCGGCCUCGUGGCCGGCGUCAACGCGGACGCGGCGGCUGUCGUGCCGGGAGCUGAUGCCAUCAUAAUCUCGCUGCCCGGCCCAGCCGUUGCCCCCAUGCUCGCGGAGCUGGCGCCCCACCUCGCGGCUCACCAGCUCGUGCUGCUGCUCAGGGGCAUGGGGCCGGCCAACUACAUGGCAUUCUCAAAGGCGGCUGAGGCUGCGCAGGGCCCUGGCACGCCGCUGCCCUUCUUUGCGGCCACCAAGGCGCUCCCUUGGGACUGCUGCGCCCUUUCCCCUGGGUGCGUGGUGGUGAGCGGCGGCCCGAUGGCGCGUGCCGUGCCGGUCGCGGCCGCGCCCGGCGCGCCGGCGGCGGCGCGGGCGGCGCUGCCGCAGCUGCUUGGCGGGCUGUUUCCUGGUACUGUCUUCGAGCUGCACGACACACCACUGGACACUGUUCUGGGGAUUGCAUACGGCCUGGAGCUGAACGCUUUGGUGCGCCCCGCCAUCAUGUACGGCACCUGGGCAGAAUGGGACGGCUCGCCGCUCGCGGCCCCGCCGCGCUUCUACCGCGAUGCGUCCCCCGCAGCCGCCGCCGCGGUCGACGGCCUCGCCGCCGACGCGCGCGCGGUCGUCUCCGCGCUCUGCGGUGCCCUGCGCGUCCCCAUGCCCAAGGGCAUCGCAGCGGGCCCGCGCGCCGUGCUCGCCGUGACGUGUCGCGGCCAGAUCGCCGACACCAGCACCACGCUCUCCGCACUGCGCACCAACGCCGCCCUCGAACGCGUGGAGCACCCCAUGUGCGCGGCCGCCGGCGGAGGGUGGCUGCCCGACUUCUCGUCGGCGCCGCUGUCCGAGGAUCUCCCCUGCGGCCUGGUGCCUGUGCGCGGCGUCGCAGAGAUCCUGGGCGUGGAGACGCCGUGGCUGGACCGCGUGAUCGGCUGGGCACAGCGCGUGACGGGGCGCGAGUGGCUGGUUGGCGGCCGGCUCGCGGGGCGCGACGUCGCAUGGAGCGACGCGCCGCAGCGCUUUGGCGCGCGCACGCUGCAGGCGCUCCUGGUGGCGGCCCCUGCGGCGGCUGCGAAGGUGGUGCAGCCUUUGCCGGCGGGCGGGACGGUGUCGGGCGCGCUCCAAGGGCCGGUUCCCCCGUGCUCGUCUCCCUUUGCGGGGAUCUCAAUUGUCCCCAGCCGAGCCUAA